CGCUCAUCAAAUUGUUGCCUUCAACUUAAUUUUCACCUUUCCUUUCUAUCCGUAAUAGAGUGUGUUUUAUUUGCUUUGAUCUUUGUCAGUUUUUGAUUUCUUCUUUCUCCAGUAAGUUUUAGAUUUGAUCCGAAAAUGAGUCGAUUUUGAACAUGAGUCCCGAGUUAGGGUUCAAUGGAGGGCCAGAAGCUUCUUCCGAGGCUUCUGCCUCGAAUGAGACUGGAUUUGCAUGUGAAGAACUAGAUGUUAAUGAAAUUCAGUGUCAAAUGAACCGCGACGAUCAUUCUUGCGUUGAUGGAAAAGCAAGAGAAGUCCAAAAGAUAGAGCCUUUGGAAGUUGAUAUACUUAAAGUCACAGAUUCAGGCUUCAAGGAGCUGGUUGAAUCAGAGUGUGGAUACAUGACUGAGAGUUCGAGCUCGUUCGACAGUUCCGCCUCUUGGGCAGGAAAUGAUGAUGCUGAAGUUAUCUCGUGCUCUAAUGGGCGUGAUGUAUCUUCAGAGUUGGGAGAUGAAUUCAGGAAGAGGAAGAAAAAAGUAACCUCUCACUGGAGAACAUUUGUACAACCCCUAUCAUGGCGUAUUAAGUGGGUUGAAUUGCAAGUCAUGCAGCUCCAAUGCCUAGCACGAAAAUAUGACAAAGAACUUUCAUGCUUCAACCAUAGUAACAAUUUUAAGUUGGAGAAUGUCACGACAGAAGGUUUAUGUGCAAGGUCGUUUCCAUUUCCGAACAACAGGCUCAGAAGUAAGAUUCUACAGAGAAAGAAAAGACGAAGAGUUGAAGAUACUGAGGACAUAAAUGGAUAUAUGUCCCGUCACAAAUUGUUUUCUUACUACGAACAUAAAAAAUCUAUUGAAGGUGCUUCUAUUGAUGAUGUCUUUGGCCCCACUGGAAAGGAUAUUGGCAAUCUUGGGUUUGGGCCUAAGAGUGAGCUUCAUUGGCUUUUACCCAGAUAUGAACUCAAUGCCUCCGAACAAAUACUCCGUCGGAUUAGUGUUUUGGAAUCACAAGUUAGCCAGCUUAGAAGUAGAGUUGACAAGGUAUUGAGUGAAAAUGCAUGGAAAUUCUCCAGCACAGAAAACUUGAGCUUUCGUUUACCAUCUAAUGCAUUGAGCAGCUCUUCUCAAAAUCCUUCUCCAAAUGGUGGGGGCAAAAAAGACAUAGUGCCUCAAGGUUCCACCCCAACUCGUGCGGAUGUAUUUGAAACUGCUAACAAUUCUCUUCUUGGUGGCGUGCACAAUGGAGAUGGUGACAUUCUAAUGGACAAUAAGAGGAUGCCAGCACCGAAAGUUGAAGAAUCAGAACUGCCCGUUGACAAUGGUCAACCAGUCACACAACUCCGUUCUCUUUCGAAGCGCACUUCAUCCAAGAUCAAGAAGAAGAAGACGACGAGAAGAAGAAAGAGUAUAAGGUUGCGCCGAGUAUCCUCUACCACUUAGCCUCUUCUAUAAGCAUUGCCAUUUCAACACUGAUCCUUAAAACCAUAUAUGGGCUCAUUUGGUUUGAUUUCUGCUUUUGGUCAAUCUUGAUUCACAAAAUUAGGUAUUUAUGAAUGAACUGAUUCUCUUGGUUGAUUAUUUUUUGAGAAUCAAAUUCUAGGAAUCAGAAAUGGAAAAGGUUUCUUUUCAAAAUCUAAAGCAACUACAACAACAUAUUUUAAAAUUAGAAUUGACAGAAUGUGUUUGAAAAAAUGAACCAAAUGAGCCCCAUGUCCAUAUGUGCUUAGAGUAGAUUUUUUUGUAUAUGUCUGGAAUUUAAUUAUGCAUUAUGAAUGUAAUGGGGAUUUUUGUAAUCAAUAUUGUACGUGAUG